AUCCCUUUGAAGAGGGGCCAUCCUGUGAGUUAUAAGAGUGAUCACUAUGUAUACUAAUUCUUUAAUGUGUCCAGGACACGAGCUUCCUGUGGAACUGCACACACCUUUUUGACAGUAACCCCAUAUGGGAGCUACAAUGUCACACCCAUUUUACAGCAAUCAUCUUGGGUUCCAGAAACAGCCGGUUUGCCAGAUAAACAUCUUGUGACAAGAAUCACCCCACCCGGGAGGUAGUAGCUUUUCUACAGAGGAUGAGGUGGGCCGACAACUUUGUAGCUGAGGGCUGUGGAGGAAGCCAGGAGCACAGCUUCAAGCAUCCCUUCGUCCAGGCAGUGGGCAUGUUCCUGGGAGAGUUCUCCUGCCUCGCUGCCUUCUACCUGCUCAGAUGCCGAGCCAGAAGGCAGUCAGACGCCAGCGUAGAGCCCCAGCAGCCCUUCAGCGCCCUGCUUUUCCUUCCCCCAGCCCUGUGUGACAUGACUGGAACCAGCAUCAUGUAUGUAGCCCUGAACAUGACCAGUGCCUCAAGCUUCCAGAUGCUGCGGGGUGCAGUGAUCAUCUUCACGGGCCUGUUCUCGGUGGCCUUCCUGGACCGGAGGCUGGCACCGAGCCAAUGGCUGGGCAUCCUGAUCACUAUUGCAGGACUGGUGGUGGUUGGCCUGGCUGACCUCCUGAGCAAGCAUGACAGUCAGCACAAGCUCAGUGAGGUGAUCACAGGUGACUUGUUAAUCAUCAUGGCCCAGAUCAUCAUUGCCAUCCAGAUGGUGCUGGAGGAGAAGUUUGUCUACAAACACAAUAUCCACCCACUCCAGGCAGUGGGCAUCGAGGGCUUCUUUGGCUUUGUGGUCCUCUCCCUGCUGCUCGUGCCUAUGUACUACAUUCCCACGGCCUCCUUUAGUGGAAACCCUCGAGGGGUGCUGGAAGAUGCUCUGGAUGCCUUCUGUCAGGUGGGCCGACAGCCCCUGAUUGCCGUGGCUCUGCUGGGCAACAUCAGCAGCAUUGCCUUCUUCAACUUUUCGGGGAUCAGUGUCACCAAGGAACUGAGCGCCACCACCCGCAUGGUGCUAGACACCCUGCGCACCGUGGUCAUCUGGGCCUUUACCCUCGCACUAGGCUGGGAGGUCUUCCAUCCACUGCAGAUCCUUGGCUUCCUCAUCCUCCUUAUGGGCACCGCCCUCUACAAUGGGCUGCACCGACCGCUGCUAUCCCACCUGUCCAGAUGCUGUCGACUCCCUACCCAGGAGGGAGAGCAAGAGAGACUGCUGGGUGACAGCCGGACUCCCAUCAAUGAAGCCAGUUGAGUCCAAACUGGGAUCUCUGCUGCUACCACAUGGCUGAGGCCAUGCAGACUGGUAGGCUGUGAGUGCCCUGUCUCCAAGGCCUCGCCCCACCCAUCCCUACUGACCCUUCUGUGCAGCUGCUGCCAGAGAGGAUGGGAGGAUACCAGGUCCUGCUUUAAUCCUGAGGCCUGUAAUAUUGGGACCCAACCCCCACAGGCCCAGAGAUGGCAACCACUCUCAGCCUCCAGUUCUGCUGCACUAGAACAAAAUUGUGAGCUUGAAUGGCAAGAAUUUACAACCCUGGUAUUUCUGUUAUACACUAACUUGUCAUAGUAGAUUAUCUAGCCUAUGAACCAUAAGCUGCAAAGAAGUUGGUGAACAGGUUCAAAUUAGAACUAAGAGACUAUUCUGCAAAGUUGGAAGAUAUUCCUGAAGCCUGUCUAAAAACCUAGUUUCUGGCUCAGCCGUGGCUCGGUGUGUGCACCAAGUCUGACUGCUCUGCAGCAUGGGUGUACAUAAUAUGUCCUUGGUGCCUUGCAGCCCCAGCAUCCUAGGGGCCUCUGAUCGUCACUAGCCUAAGCAAAGAGUAGCACACCUGUACCCCUCCUUCCCAUGGGGGUGCUCUUUGGUAUUUUUGUUUUGGUUUAACUUGGGGAUUUUGCCAUUAUAUAUCCCUGGCUGUCCUGAAACUCAUAAUGUAGACCAGGCUAGCCUCAGACUCACAGAGAUUCACCUUCUACUUCCUCAAUGCUGGAAUUAAAGGUGUACUCAUCCUGGCCAACACCUCCUUGAUCUUGAUGUUCUGUUCUUCAUACCCUAAGGCCUCUCUGCCUAGGAAAGACAAAAGGGGAUUCCCAGACAGCCCUUGCAAAUCACUUCAGGAACUGUUUUGUUUACAACAAAAGUCUUAUUGUAUAGCACUAUCAUUUAACUUCCUGUGUGGCCCAGAGCUGGCCUCACUGGCCAAGUGCUGAGACAGGAAUGUACCUCCAUGCCAGCAGAGUUUCCAUUCUAAAGGAGAAGGAAGCCUGGAGUUGUAACUUCUUUGGCAGGAGAGAUCUGUGUUUACUGCCAACUUGGGCCAAAGACCUGAGAGACCCCUGAUAUAGGCAGCUGCAUAACUCUGUAUUAGAGAGACAUAAAGCCAGUGUGGCCCCACUCCCAGGAUGACAGACUUACGAGGGAUCUUCCUUACUGGGUAAUCCGGCAUCCCCAGCAUUGGGUUAAAUGCUUCAUCCACAUCCCCUCUCACGAGUGCAGAGGGAAAAGCCAUGGCACUCCCAGAAGGCGAGGGAUGCACACACUGCCAUUAUCCCUGCCAGCCAGGUGUGUCUGAAUCCACUACUGUGCAAGUCUCUCUGAGUCUCCGGGGUGGAUUUCUAGGGCUGGACUAAAGACCUAACACACCCUGCAGAUGCUCUUACCCAGAAUAGAAGAAAUGCUGCUCCAGUAAAAUACUAACAGCUUUCUUCGUGAGAGAAAGGGGCUCUUGAUAAGCAAAGCCCUCAGGUUAAUUUGAUUCCAAAAGAUUCUAAUGGUGUGUCAAGGAAGGAACUCUUCAAUUCCAUUAGCCCUGAAUCCCAGAGACCCAGGCUUCUCUGGACUACAGUCUGUCACUGGGAGAAGUAAAUGGGAACUCUGCUCCCAUUUACUCAAGGUGACAGAGACAGCAUGGCAGCUGUCUUGUACAAAAAUAAAAACAGGCCCUACAAUGUUGUUUUGGAAUUUAUUUUUUAAAUAGAAAUGAAAAAUUGUCAAUAUUAGAUAUUUUUUUAAAAUGAAAGAAAACAGACAGACCUAAGAGUAUCAUCUAGAAAAAAUGUUGAGUGUCAAAAGCACAAAUGUCAUUUACUCCUUCCAGUGAAGACCAGGACCAUGGAGAUGCUCCAUUCUGCCACAGGUGAAGAGAACAGAGUUGGUAGACAGAAUCGUGCCCACCAUGGGCUGCCCUGCUUGUGCUAAACAGGCACGUGUCACCAUGCCCACCUGCCAACACCCUCUCAAAACCCAAGAUCAGCAGGAGAUGCUGAAAUCUGAGAAGUCUGGGAUACCAUUCUUGAACACUUUUCUUAUGGUGGAAGGUUGAAAUGGGGUUUCUCUAUAUAACAGUCCUGGCAGUCCUAGAAUCUAUGACUGGAUGUGUAGAGCAGACUAGCCUCCAAAUAGUCACAGAGAUCUUCCUGCCUCUGCCUCUAGAGUGCUGAGAUAAAAGGUGUGCCACCACCACCCAGUUUGAACAUUGAACACUUUUAGACAUGGGGAACUGGGUUCUGGGGCAGCGCCACUACAGCUGUCCAGCUCUUAAUCCUAGCAUGGCUUAACUGCUUAUCCUGGGAGCUUGACUGUGCUUAUCCGAUGUUGCUGCUGUUGGGUGUUGGGCUUCAGGGAAGCACUGAGGCGCCGACCAGGGGUGGGAAAAUGCAGUCUGAGAUGUGGGAAGCCAAAGCUGGGGUUCUAUCACCCCCGGACAUCUAGUUGCUGCUAGAGUGCUGUACGGAAGUGUCAGGAAUAAAGGUCUGCGAUGAGGCCAGCACCUUUGGGGCCCCUGAGCACGGCAAGCUGAGUUAGUUCAUCAGUGAUGGUACCAGAAGCUGUCUGGGGGAGCAGAUGGACCUUCUACGGGAGAGUUAGACAGCAGCUCUGUAAGCAAAGGCCUUAUCCAUGGUCCCACACAGCGGUUAUGAUGGUAGAGACAGUCCUUGGUUCCAAACUGUUUACUGGUUGUUCAUCGUGAAAAAUGGAUGUAUAUCAACUUCUCAGGGUGAACCAGGGAUUAAAUACCUUUUGCAGGCAGGAAUGUCUGAGAAGAGAAGCUUAUUGGCUAAACCCUUGGGGCCUAUAGGUACCUCAUUAGCCGGAAUUGCUUUCACUUCUCAAUCAGAAACCGUGUCCACUAAACAGUAACUCCACCCUCCCAGCUCCUAGCAACCACCUGUCAAUUUUCUAUCUUAAUGAAUUUGACCACUCUUGGUGUCCACCUCAUCUCAGUGGAAUUCUGGACUUAGUGACGUUUUUGUGACUAGCUUAUGUCAACUACCAUAAUGGUUUCAAGGUUCAUCAAUGUAGCAUAUGACAGAAACUCUUCCCCUUUUUAAGGUGAAUAAUAUGCCAUUGUAUAGUCAUUCCUGUUAUUCAUCUGCUGAUGGACAGUCUGGUACUUUUCAUUGUUUGGUUAUUGUUAAUAAAAUUGCUGGGCACAUAAGCAUGCA